CGCCAUGGGGCAGGAAACACCCGGUUACUUUUCUGGCGGAAAGGAGGGGCGUAGAGUUGCUGUUUUACUUGCCUCUCCGUACACCAACCUCAGUUAGGUUUCACCUUUACUUAACGGAGUUUUCUAUUUGGGCACAUCGAGAAGUUUUAAGAGGAUGUCUCUCUAUCCAUCCCUGGAAGACCUUAAAGUUGAUAAAGUCUUGAAGGCCCAGUCUCAUUUUGUACAGAGUACCUCCUCUACCCCUGCCAUCACAGAGGAGGCUUCCCAAGCCCCAUCAGCUAGCAAUGGGACAUCAGGAUCAGCCCUAUACCCCAACCUGCAGGAGCUGGCAGACUACAUGGGCCUGAGCCUGAACAGUGAUGAGGUGCAGAGGAAUCUGGCCCUGAUUCCUGCCGUGGACAAUCAGGUGGCAGUGCCCUCCAGCAGUGGACUCGGGGGCAUGGUGCGGCCCGUGACGGGGAAUGAUAUUGGGCUGUGUCGGGCUGAGAUCCGGCCUGGGGUUCGUGAGGUCAUCCUCUGCAAGGACGAGAGUGGCAAGGUUGGCCUGAGGCUGCGCACCAUCGACAAUGGGGUGUUCAUCCAGCUGGUGCAGGCUAACUCCCCGGCCUCGCUGGCUGGCCUCCGGUUUGGAGACCAGGUCCUGCAGAUCAAUGGGCAGAACUGUGCUGGCUGGAGCCUGGACAAGGCCCACAAGGCCCUAAAGGUGGCAGCAGAGCAUCGCAUUGAGCUCAUAGUUCGUGACAGGCCUUUCCAGCGCACUGUCACCAUGCACAAGGAUAGCGCAGGGCACGUGGGCUUCAUCUUCAAGUCAGGCUGCAUCACCUCACUGGUGAAGGACGGCUCGGCAGCCCGCAAUGGCCUGCUGACAGAACACUACAUCUGCGAGAUCAACGGCCAGAACGUCAUUGGACUCAAGGAUUCGCAGGUUAAAGACAUCCUGACCACAUCUCCAAAUACGAUGACCAUCACUGUGAUGCCCAAGUUCAUCUACGAGCACAUGGUGAAGAGAAUGUCCAGUGGCCUCCUGCGAUCCUCCAUGGAUCACUCUGUGCCUGAGGUGUGAAUCUCCAAAGAGACUGCUGGUUAUCUUUCCUGCAUUCCAUGGAUCACUCUCUCACUCACAUAUUCAGAGUUUGCUGUUAGUCGUUCAGAGGACAUUGUAAUCUUUUUUCUUUUACAUAAGAGAUUAUUGUAGGCAAAUAUUAGUAUUUUUUCCUGUUCCACAAUACACUGCACCUUUUUUAUUAAAUCACAUGACCAACUGUAGCUUGGUUCUUCCAUGCUGAAUUUUAUUAUUAUGGUUUACUUAAGUAAUUCAACCAAUGCUGUAAAACCAUCCAGGUCUUGGUUAACUGUUGUGUUGUUUGUCGCUGGUUUCGUUAUAAGUGCUUUUCUUGCCUCUUACCGUAUCACAAGUCUGAGGUUGGCCAGUUUCUACAGAUUGAAGGCAGUGAGGUUAGUGUUCUGCGUUUAUUAAUACUUGCAAAUCUAUGUAAUGUCUGUAAGUAAUUAGAGCCUCGAUUUUCAUUAUUACUCGGGGGGAUAAUGUUACAAAUUCAUCCAGUGUACUUGUUCAUUACAUAACCAGCACACAGUAGAUUUUCGCUGCAGUGCCUGAUAAUUUCAACCAAAUCUACAUGUUUGUCAGUUUUUAAUUUGUCUUUUCAUUUAACAGCCAAAUUAAUGUAUAUCGUACUGAUUUUGAAGUGCAUUUUAGAAAUGUAGGCUUUUACAUCUAUUGCAGUUAUCAGCAAACUUAAUAUUUACAGAUUUAUUUACAAAAUGUAACCUGGUUAUUACAAGAAUAAAGACAUCUGCUGGUCA